AUGUAUUUACCUCUUUACAAUGAGUCAGAAAAGAAAAUCUACAACUACAUCAAAAUUCCGUCGAAAUUCUGCUAUUAUGUGGUGUCAGUGCCAUUAUUUGCCUUUAUAUCUUGUGUUGUAAUAACAAUGUACAAGGACUUCGAAAACGCAAACAAUACUCAUUGCAAGGUUCCCAACGUCUUCCCAUCAAUAUCAGCGUCUAUUGGAAAUUAUGAACCACAAAGUACAAUAUGGAAAGCAGCUGUUUACAUACAUGCACCUAUGCGAUUCUACAUGCUGUAUUUACGAUGGAAAUAUUAUAGAAGUGUUGUGCUAGAGAGCUGUGUUGUUAUAGUCAAAUUAGCAGUAUUUUUAAAUAUCAUAGAAAAUUUUGCCUUAUUAGGACUCACGCAUUGGACAUCGUCCAAAAAUUAUCCUUAUCAUGAAGUUUGUUUUAAAACAUUCAUUGGGACCUCAGUAUUUUAUAUGCUGUUCACAUGCAUAAUGCUUUCAAAGUUACGAAGAAGGCCAAAUAUAACAUACAGAGAAAAACAUUCUGUGAAAUUAAAAUGGAGAGCUUUUAUUGUGAACAUUACUUCAUUUGCAUCUGCUGCUUACUUCUUUCUGAGACAUAAUAGACUAUGUGAACCUUAUGUUUAUUCAAUGUUUGGUCUAUCAGAGUACAUAGUGGUGUUCAGCAAUAUACUCUUCCAUUCAACAACAGUUUAUGAUCUACAAAUUAAUUUUAUUUGUUUGACUAAUAGAGGGAUUGUUGUUGAAUAA